UCCUGAGACAGCCAAAGAGUGUAUUGGGAGUGCGGAGUGUGGGAAGCUCUAGCAGCUUCCCUGCUCCGGGGCAGCACGGACAGGCGCGAACAUCCCACCCCAAACCGCUCGCCCUGCGCUGCUGGGAUUGCGCAGCCAAGAGAUCGAAGGGAGGGAGGACAGCCAGCGGAGCUUAGGACAAGGGUCUCCGGGUCCUCGGAGGCAGGAAGGAAGCAGCCCACGCCGGACAGCCCCCCCCCCCCAGGUGCUGCACCGACAGCAUGAGUUUCCCGCGAGGUUCCCACGAUCCGGCGGCCAACAACUCCAGCCAGUGGUGGCCUCUGAGCGCCGAGGAUGCCAACAGCAGCCGGGAGGCAGCAGCGGGGCUGCUCCAGGAAGGUAACGACCCUCCCGGGGAUGUGCGCAACGAGGAGCUGGCCAAGCUGGAGAUCGCCGUGCUGGCGGUGAUUUUCGUGGUGGCCGUGCUGGGCAACAGCAGUGUGCUGCUGGCGUUGCAUCGCACGCCCCGCAAGACAUCCCGCAUGCACCUCUUCAUCCGACACCUCAGCCUGGCAGACUUGGCGGUCGCCUUCUUCCAAGUGUUGCCGCAGCUGUGCUGGGACAUCACCUACCGCUUCCGCGGGCCGGAUUGGCUGUGCCGCGUGGUGAAGCACCUGCAGGUGUUUGCCAUGUUCGCGUCCGCCUACAUGCUGGUGGUCAUGACCGCCGACCGCUACAUCGCGGUGUGCCACCCGCUCAAGACCCUGCAGCAGCCCGCACGCCGCUCGCGCCUCAUGAUCGCCGCCUCUUGGGUGCUGAGUUUCCUACUGAGCACGCCGCAGUACUUCAUCUUCUCCAUGAUCGAAAUCGAGGUGAACAACGGUACCAAAACCCAAGACUGCUGGGCUACCUUUAUCCAGCCCUGGGGUACCCGUGCCUACGUGACCUGGAUGACCAGUGGUGUCUUCGUGGUACCUGUGGUCAUCUUGGGUACCUGCUACGGCUUCAUCUGCUACCACAUCUGGCGCAACGUCCGUGGGAAGACGGCGUCGCGGCAGAGCAAGGGCAGCAAGGACUCUGGGGACACCCCAGGUCCCUUCCACAAGGGGCUUCUGGUCACGCCUUGUGUCAGCAGCGUGAAGACCAUUUCCCGUGCCAAGAUCCGCACAGUGAAGAUGACCUUUGUGAUCGUGACUGCCUACAUCCUCUGCUGGGCGCCUUUCUUCAUCGUCCAGAUGUGGUCCGUCUGGGAUGACAAUUUCAUCUGGACCGAUUCAGAAAACCCCUCCAUCACCAUCACAGCGCUACUAGCCUCCUUGAACAGCUGCUGCAACCCCUGGAUAUACAUGUUUUUUAGCGGCCAUCUCCUGCAAGACUGUGUCCAAAGUUUUCCAUGCUGCCAAAGCGUGGUGCAGAAAUUCACCAAGGACGACUCGGACAGCAUGAGCAGAAGGCAGACUUCUUACUCGAACAACCGAAGCCCCACAAACAGCACAGGGAUGUGGAAGGACUCGCCUAAAUCGUCCAAGUCCAUCAAAUUCAUCCCUGUUUCCACCUGAGCCGCACAGCCUUGCAGCCUGACUCUUGGGGCAGGGGGUGGGGGAGGGGGCUUUUUGGUCCAUUAUCUAAAUCCGGCUAGAGAUCAUAAGAGCAGAUGGCUUUAUGUGAGAUAGCCACAAAUCAGCUCAACACAUACAUUGUUUCUACCUGUGUUUUCCUCACUGCUGUGACCAAAGGGGGAAUUAUUUUUGCAUAGACUAUUACUGAAAAUGUGUGACACUAAAAUGUGUAGGCCUGGCUCAUAACCAUACUGACUUUAUAUUUUGUGGUUGAUGUUUUUUUUUUUUAAUUGUAUUUUUAUUUCUGACCUAAGUGAGGUUUGAUCGGUUUAAGUCAUGUGAUGUGUACUGUUUCUCAACAAAGUGAACUUGUGAUUUAAAAAGACCCGGUGUCGCUGUCAAUUUGUACAAUGUAAAAUGUAGCAAGAGGUAGAGGAGGUUUUGGCUGAGAAUGAAAAGGAGAUAACUUGGUACCUGGCAGUCCUUCCUUUGCCAUCCUGGUAUUCUAUCGGCUCUGAAAAACAUGCUACUAAGAGGCUAAAGGAUUGACAGUGUCAUGGACAGGCCAGUAAUUUGUAUAUAAGGGAUGCCACACUUUAUGGAGGCACAGAAGAGAAAGUGUCUACAGACAUUCUCCUGGAUGUUUUAAACGUACAUUGACCAGCAUCAAAAGGUACCCUGUGCUAUGCCAGAUGGUAACACUCCGUACCUACACAGUGACUCCAGAUACAGAGCUUGCAAAACGUCUCCUAGAGUAACUCCAGACAUAAGACACUCACAACAAGUUUGAUUUAAAGCAGUUUUCUUCCUGUUUCCAGUCCACACAACGAGUUCAGAACAAAAAGGAUGCAGAGAUAUAGGGAAAUGAGAGACAG